AUAAUAAUAAUAAUAAGAAUAAUAAGAAUAAAUUAAAUCGUGGUAAUAAUCAUAGUUGUGGUAAUAAUGAUAAUCAUAGUUUUUUGUAAUUUGCCAAUAUAUUACAGGCAUUAGUAUUUAUCUUGUUUUUUCUUUUCCUUGGAUACUUCCUUCAUGAUUUACUACCAAUAUGUUUGGUGUGCACGUUUUGGACUCUAAGUGACGCUGUCUAACAAGAAUAGAAUGUCCACCCAUAAGCUCUCUCUUGCAAUUCAGUGACGUUCUUUGUAAGAUCACAUUGAGGUGGCUUAGAGGGAACAUCGGGAAACGUAUAUCUCGAAAAGAAACGGUGUUGCGUGGAUUCUAGCGGCUUUAUUUCUCUUUUUUAAAAAUCAUCUCUGCAAGAGUGGAUGUUAUUGAAUUGAGUUCGAAGGUUCUCUGCUAUUUUUUUCUUGGAACAUUUCCAUUUCUGAAAUGGCGUAUCAACAACCACUCUGCAAAUGGCGUUUUCAUUUCGGACAUCCGCGGGUAAUGGUUCUUAUAUUGUUGUACUUCUUUAAUAUCGUCGCAGGGCAGAUCCGCUACUCUAUACCAGAGGAGAUGAAGAAGGGCUCUCUUAUCGGUAAUGUAGCACAGGACCUUGGUUUGGAUCUGAAAAGGCUCCGUUCUGGCCGAGCCCGUAUCGUGACCGGAGAAAAUCUCCAGUACACUGAGCUGAAGACAGACAAAGGGAUUCUAGUUGUGAAUGAGAGAAUAGACCGAGAGCAGCUUUGUGGAGACGUAACACCGUGUAGUUUCAGCUUUGAAAUAAUUUUAGAAACUCCGAUGGAGCUUCACCACAUAACGAUCGAAGUGUUAGAUGUGAAUGAUCAUCCUCCGGUAUUCAAGAAGUCAGAUAUUAUGUUAGACAUUAGCGAGUCAGCUAACCUUGGGGCGCGAUUUGUGCUGGACAGUGCAGAGGAUCCUGAUGUUGGUGUCAAUGGCCUGCAGAAUUAUGUUUUAUCUUCAAACGACAACUUCGUUUUAAAGCAGCAUGUAAAUCCGGACGGAAGUAAAUAUGCUGAGAUGGUUCUUCAGAAGCAAUUAGACAGAGAAAGGGCUCCCCAUCUCUCGUUAAAGCUUAUUGCAGUAGAUGGUGGGAAUCCACAGAGAUCUGGCACCGUAAAUAUAAACAUCAAGGUUUUAGAUGUAAACGACAAUGCGCCUGUUUUUAACCAAUCAAUGUAUAAAGCUACUGUGAUAGAAAACGCAGUAAAGGGCACUCAUAUCGUUACUGUUAAUGCUACAGACGCAGAUAGUGGAUCGAAUGGUUACAUCACAUAUUCAAUUUCAAACGUGAGAAGCAACAUAGCUGAUUUGUUGUCCAUAGAUCAGGUCUCUGGUAUCUUGUCUGUUUCGGGUCCAAUAGAUUUUGAAAAGGAUAAAAAAUAUGAGCUUAGAAUCGAUGCAAAAGAUGAGGGGGGUUUAACGGAUUCAAGUAAAGUGAUGAUUGAAGUAACUGAUGUAAAUGACAACGCCCCUACGAUUAGCGUUAUGUCAUUCACUAGUCCGGUGUCCGAAGACUCUCCUCCUGGUACAACUAUUGGCAUUAUAAACGUAAAAGACCUCGAUUCGGGAGAAAACGGACAAGUGAUCUGUAGAAUACAACAAGAUGCACCUUUCAAAAUUAAAUCUAAUUUAAGAAAUUACUAUACUUUGAUAACAGAUACUGUAUUAGAUCGUGAAAAGGUUUCAGAAUAUAACAUCACUGUUGUUGCGACAGAUGCAGGAACGCCUCCUCUCUCAACUAAAAGAACCUUUUAUUUAAAGGUCUCU